AUUAGGCUCCUAGUAACAAGCUUUACUUCACAAAAAUGGUAGUCAUGGAGGAAUUCAAGCACUUUGUGAUUGUUAAGUUCAAAGAAGAUGUAGUAGUGGAAGAGCUCACAAAAGGGAUGGAAAAAUUGGUCUCAGAGAUUGAUCUUGUCAAAUCCUUUGAAUGGGGACAGGAUGUUGAAAGCCUAGAUGUAUUGAGACAAGGAUUCACUCAUGCUUUCUUGAUGACAUUCAACAAGAAAGAAGACUAUGCUGCAUUUCAGAGCCAUCCAAAUCAUGUUGAAUUUUCUGAAAAAUUUUCAACAGCUAUUGAAAAGAUUGUGCUUCUGGAUUUUCCUUCCACCCUUGUCAAGCCAGUCAAGGAAGCAGAAGCAGAAGCAGCAGCAUAAUCUUGAAGAAUGAAGAUAUUUCUGCAAUAAAAAUUUCAUCUUCAAAGUUGAAAACAUGUUAUUAUGUUAAUUGUGUGUGAAUGUGGUUCCUUUUGCUCUCUGUGUUUGUAGUAUUGUGGCUUUUGAAUGGCUAAAGAAACUAUUUUUGUCUUUUAAUCAAUGGAUGGUUUUGACUUUUGAGA